AUGUCUUACAUGUUACCGCAUUUGAGUAAUGGCUGGCAGGUGGAUCAAUCAAUUCUGGCCGAAGAAGAUCGUGCUGUUUUGAUUCGAUUUGGUCACGAUUGGGAUCCGAGUUGUAUGCGUAUGGAUGAGACUCUAUACAAAAUAGCAAAUAAAGUGAAGAAUUUUGCGGUUAUAUAUUUGGUUGAUACAACUGAAGUACCAGAUUUCAAUAAAAUGUAUGAGUUAUACGAUCCUUGCACUGUUAUGUUCUUCUUCAGGAAUAAACACAUCAUGGUCGAUUUAGGUACCGGUAAUAACAAUAAAAUCAACUGGCCAAUAACGGACGGUCAAGAAUUGAUUGAUAUAUUGGAAACAGUUUAUCGAGGUGCGCGAAAGGGUCGUGGUUUAGUUGUUUCACCGAAGGAUUAUUCCACCAAAUACAAAUAUUAA